AUGAUCAGCGCAUCCCUUAUGUUCCGGUACACCAACUAUGGGCCCUUUGGCCAUAUCUUCGACUUGCUGGUGGUGGGUCCUGUGGCGGCGCCCUGGAGACUCUUCAAGUUUUUCGCCAACAGAGCCGACCACUUUGAGCCUCCUCUCAGCGACUCGGAGUGGUACGACGUCGUCGGUGUCGAGGCUCCGAGAUCCUUGAUUUUCCUUGUGGCUGGUUUCGGAUUGGCGAUUUACUGCGAGCACUUGGUGCACCGCUACUUUGCCCAUCGAGUCUUUUCAACCUCACGCGCUUGGAACCUCGUGCUCGCGGCGAUUCCUUGCUACAUUGCCAUGCCACCGCUUUUCUUUGCAAGCACACACCGGAGACACCACAAGUACUGCGAGGAAGAGGGCGAUCCUCAUCCGGUCAAUCAGAAAGGCUUCCUCUACGGUGCAAUGUUCUGGCUUGCCGACCGGGAGAAUUUUAAGAUCAGAGAGGAAUACAUCCAAGACUGGCUGCAGGAACGCCCCGAGCUGCUCGUGUUCGAGAUAGGACAAGGUCGGUUCGCGCAGGGUGUAUGCUAUGUAGUUGUGACGGUACUCAGCAUCUUCCUCGCCCCGGUGUGGUUUGCGGACAACGCCCCUUUCAUGGCUGCAUUCCUGACGGGUAAGCAGCUUGGGACGUCCAUGGUGGCUGCCUUCACGGCUUUCGGGCAUACCUGUCCUUUCUGGCCGGCCUGUUUGCCUUUGAGGUGGCCUUUUGGGAGCAAGGGGGAUGAUCCCCCAAAGGCUCAAGAAGGUCUCGGCCCAUGCAUGUCCACACACAGGUCUUGGUACUGGUGGAUCGCAGGGAGCGAAUCAGACCAUGACCAGCACCAUGCAUGCCCCAUCUAUGCAGUCUACGGCCCCUGGUACCACGACUGGUCUUACUGCACCUAUGCUGCCAUGGAGAAGUGUGGCUUGGUUUGGUCAGUCAAAAAGCCUUGGGCGAAGGGGUGGAAGCCUCAUAGUAGCUGA